AGGGAACGAGGGCGAGGCACAACGCAUACACGAGGCACAGAGAGAGAGAGAGAGAGAGAGAGAGAGAGAGAGAGAGCCUGCUUCGCAUAUUGUUUGGCGAUCUCCGUCGGGUGUCGAUCCUUGGACAGGGGGAAGAUAUCACGGCCGAAAAGGAUUUAUAUUCUUAGCUCUUCCUAUCGCACUUUAAGAUGACAUCAACAGCAGUUACAGCUGCCUCUAUUGGUUCAGUUUGUGCACAACCUAGCUUGGGGGCAAGAUCCAAGCCCUCUGGCUUGAGUUUUAGUUGCUCAAAGACCAUCAAUGUUUUCAGUGGCCUUAAAGCAUCAUCAUCAGUUGUUAUCGAAGCAGAUACGUCAUUUUUGGGAAAGGAAGGCAUUGCAUCUCUCCAGGCAUCUUUUGUUCCCAAGAUUAGACCAAAACAAGUAUUUUCAAAUCAACUCCAGCCCCGAGCAUCCUCAUUUAAGGUGGCUGUCCUUGGGGCUGCUGGUGGUAUUGGCCAACCCCUUGGACUUCUUAUCAAGAUGUCUCCCUUGGUUUCAGCACUGCAUCUUUAUGAUAUUGCAAAUGUUAAAGGAGUAGCUGCAGACCUUAGCCAUUGCAAUACCCCUGCCAAAGUUUUGGAUUUCACUGGACAAUCAGAGUUAGCCAAUUGUUUGAAGGGAAUGGAUGUGGUUGUCAUUCCUGCAGGAGUUCCGAGGAAACCAGGCAUGACCCGGGAUGAUUUAUUCAAUAUCAAUGCUGGCAUUGUGAAGACACUGGUUGAAGCUGUCGCUGACAAUUGCCCCGAUGCCUUCAUCCAUAUCAUCAGCAACCCAGUGAACUCUACUGUUCCCAUAGCCGCAGAAGUACUUAAGCAAAAGGGUGUUUACAAUCCUAAGAAGCUUUUUGGAGUGACUACUCUUGAUGUCGUCAGAGCUAACGCUUUUGUUGCUCAAAAGAAGAACCUGAAGCUCAUUGAUGUUGACGUACCAGUUAUAGGAGGACAUGCUGGAAUUACUAUCUUACCAUUGUUGUCAAAGACGAGGCCAUCGGCAACAUUUACUGAUGAAGAAGUUGAAAAGCUGACUCUAAGAAUACAGAAUGCUGGGACAGAGGUUGUCGAGGCAAAAGCUGGUGCUGGGUCUGCAACCCUAUCGAUGGCGUAUGCAGCAGCACGGUUUGUCGAGUCAUCGCUUCGUGCUCUUGAUGGUGAUGGGGAUGUUUACGAGUGCUGUUUUGUUGAGUCUGAGCUAACCGAGCUGCCCUUCUUUGCAUCACGAGUUAAGCUUGGGAAGAAUGGUAUAGAAGCAUUUAUAUCUGCUGACCUCCAAGGUCUGACAGACUAUGAGGCCAAGGCGCUGGAAGCACUUAAGCCGGAGCUGAAGACCAGCAUUGAGAAGGGUGUGGCAUUUGUCCACAAGCAGGCAGCAACAGCAAGUGCCGCUGCCUCUGCUAAUUAAUUUUAAUGUUGCUUCCUCCUCUUCUUGAGCAGUUGGUUCCAGGAGAAUAGAAUAAAGACCGGGAUGACCAUUUCAUUCCGUUUUGAUACUAAAGCAGGUUAUCUAUUGUUCUAAGUUCUAACCGUGAGAAAUCGUGUCCUGGAUGAGAUGCAGUAGGCAGGCUAAAUUGGAUUGGUUUCAGGGAAGUUCUAUAUAUCUCAGUUGCAUUGGGUGUUUAAUUUUACAUCAACUGGUUUUAUUUUUUUUUGUUGGGGAAUAUUUUUAUUGUGUUGUCCGACCACUCUUAAAGACAGAUCAUUGAUCAUAGCGGUCAAGACGGCAAAAAAUGUUUAUCGAGGUCAAUCUAAUAGUAUUUGGAGUAGGUCUGCUUUUUCUUA